CAUUGACAUUCUUCAGGGAUGAUAACAACAAAACAGACACUGCCCCUCCCCCCUCAUUUGUAAAUCUUAAUGGGAUGUAAAGGAGUAGCCAAGGUGGUGAAUCCAUUCAGGACGAAAGUUAAUGCCGCCAACUUCCGCCUCUGAAAGAUGGAUGAAGUCAGCAACGUAGAGCGUGUCUUGCGAGGCGAAAAAUAUUCACAUUCGGUAUUUUAGGAACUAGGAGUAGAGACCGACCUUUGUCCUAUUAUUAGAUGCAACGCGGGUUUGUGGACUAAGGAUGGUGAUUUUCACAGAGCACCUUCCUUCGUUUCGCAUUCGAUCCCUCUAUUAGUUCCAAUCACAGUUGGCGAAGAGCGUGAAGCGAGCAGAUGUCAAAAUGGGGCACCAAACAGGCUCUGAUUCCUCAGAUGCCGAGUAAGACCGAUAUCAGAAAAAUGUCGUCAAAUUGCAUUCCACACUAUAUAAGAGUCGAGGGACUUCGUUUCGCGGAAGGAUUCGAUCCAGACACCAUCCGAUCCGCACUCGAUUAUCAGCCCCGUCCUUACGAUGUCUUUGUGGUAACAUAUCCAAAAUGUGGAACGACAUGGAUGAUGCAAAUUGCUUUGCUUAUUCUUCACGAAGGUCAACUACCGGAGAGUACAGAGGAAUAUUUCGCUUGCACCCCUUACUUAGAAAUGCUGGGUGCCGAGGUGGUGGAAAAAAUGCCUCGCCCUUCCCCAAUUCGCUCACACUUACCUUUCGACAUGAUACCUUUCGCAAAGCACGCCAAGUAUAUAUAUGUGGCCAGGAAUCCAAAGGACUGUUGCAUUUCUCUGUACCAUCAUACUAAAAUGUUUCCCGCCUACGGAUUCUCGAAUGGAUCUUUCGAUGAUUUUUUCAAAGUUUUCAUUCGCGGCGAAACUGAUUACAAUGAUUACUUCGAUCAUUUGUUGUCGUGGUACGAGCACAAAGAUGAUGAUAAUGUGUUUUUCAUCACCUACGAGCAGCUGAAAGAUGACACUAAAGGAGCGGUGAUGCAAAUCGCGGACUUUCUGGGACCUCAGUAUGGUAAGAUGGUGAGAGAAAAUUCCAAAAUCUUGAACAAUAUUCUCCAUUACAGCAGUUUUGAUUUUAUGAAGCAAGACACUUUUGCUCUGUGGAAGGAUGCGUUGCAGAUCAGUCCACAAGCGUUAUCUGAAACAAAACUUCCACCAGGUUUGGUAUCUUGGGCAGAGAGUGCGGUGGACUCCCAUUAUGGAUGCAAAAUGCCUCCACGUUUCAGAGUUCAGGACCUUAUGAGGAGAAGCAGCAUGAUUGAAUGGGAGACCAUAUUGAAACCAGCUCAAAAACAGAAACUGCAAAGGCAAAUUGCGGAGAAAACAGGUGGGACGGAUGUCAUGAAUUUAUGGCCGGACGAAGAAGAAGAAAUUUGUGAUUAGUUAUUUCUAUUAGUUAUGUAAUUUUGUAAAAUAAGAGAGAAAAUUAAAAGAUUAUUUUUUUGUAAA